AUGGCGUCCGCGCUCGCCAGCUCUGACAAUCGUGCCCAGGAUGCUUUAGCUCGCCUUGAAGCUCUUGAGAGCGACAAUUCUGAGGUUGAGGUGGUAGAUCUUAAAUUCACGGAUGAGGAAGACCCUGGUGAAAUUGGGGUUUUCCUUUGUUGA